AGUCACAUCACUCAAGCCGCUUCUUUAUCAUAGACGGCCUGCUGUGGACUUCUGGGACGAAAUGGCAGUGCUGACAGGCUGCGAGCGUUUCGACAUGGUGCAGGGCCAGGCGGGCAAGCCAGUCUUCCAGUGCGGCUGCUGCCAGAAGCCGAUUCCGGAGCACGCUCCGGUCUACAUGCGUGACGAUUCCACCUACUGCACGCCCGGCUGCAGGGAGACAGGCUCUGCGAAGCAGAGGUGCAUGCCAGAGGUCACUGAGAAGCCAGAGAUCAAGGAGCUCAAGGAGGUGAAGGAGGUCAAGGAGGUCCGGAAAAACUCAGGUGCGUCGCUCGUCACGAGCAAGUCCCAAUCUUCCCUGGCGACCCGCACGGAAGUCGCGGAGACGGAGGUCAGCCAGGAGGACGCCGACAGAAGCCAACUGGGCGUCCUUGCGCGGCUCACGCAGCGCGUCAUGGAUGCGCUUUUGCAACGCAUGGCCUCCAAGACCUGGGGCGCCCAGGUGCUGCGCACGUACUCCUCCGGCGCCUUGUGGGGGAAGGAGCUCACGGAGACCUCUCCCGUGGCGCCACUCUUCAACUAUUUGCCGCAGGUGGACCACUACUUGCACAAGGAUGUCUCGUACCCUUCCAGCAUGACACCUCGCUCGGACGGAGUGGACAUUUUGGAAGUUCCCUUCUGCGUCUAUUGAGGCGUCGCAUCGAUCUUCGUGCGAUGCGUCGGCUGUAAUUAGCAAACGCAGGAAGGCAAAGCGCUGGCAAUCAGUUGUCCUGGUUGCGAUGCUUGCCGGGCUUGGCCCGCCAUUUACAACAAAUCGCAGGCAGUAUCCAUAGGGUGUAGCCAACUCCACAAGUGAUGAGAUGGAUUUCAAAGCCUUGGAGGCAAUGGUGUGAUGCCGCUUGGGGUAGGGACUGCCUUUUGCUCGACAGGCAGUUGGCAGUCUUGGGAACCCGAAAGCCCCGGCUCAUGCUGACCGAGAGCCCACUUCGCGUGGCACGGUACCCUGCCGAAGAGGCUUUCUUUUUACAGAAUUCGUGGGCAGACAUGCCAUUGCGCGUUGAGGAGAUGCCUUAUUGGCAGUGGUGUGAGACGAGCACCUCAGUCCCGCUUGCAUCAAGAAGAUGCCUGUCUCGUCUGGUUGGAUUUCACAGGGACGAUUUACUAUUUGCAGCAAGUUCCUGUCAGGUUUGAAGAGCGGAUGCGGCAGUGACAAUCUGAUAGGCAGAUCUGGCAGUCGAAAUAGUUUUAGAUAGAUGAGAUGGUCUUCACAGUUUCUCAUACCUCAGGUGUCCUUGCAUUGCGCAGUCUGGGGGAGAAUGGCAUAUCUCUGUCACUGCAAGCUCGCAGUGAACCAAGCGUGCAGCCGACCCGGCGGUUUUGUACAGUAGCGGGAAUGACAACUCUGACUAGCGUCCACACUUGGCAUCCAUAUUGCGCAGGCGCGCAUGCCAGGUGUGGCGGAAGGUCGAGUUGAGCAGUUGCCCUAUGAGCGUCUGCAUCUGAAUCUGCUCGAUUUUGUUUGCGCGUCAAGCGGACUUGAAGGCGACCCGUAUUCAUCCGAGGCCGUCCUUCUUGCAACUGGUGUGGCCUGGACAAUUCAGGUUGAGAGCCGUGGUAUCCAUGCGGAGCGGCUGCGAACCGUUUUGAC